CAAACAGAUGCUAUCAGGAGGAGUUCAAUCAAAGAGCGCGCUCCCGGCGGGAUACUUCGACACACAGUUUAAGAGGAUCUUUGAGAGAGAGGCGCUCACAGACCCUGUCAAAAUAGAAAGACAGUACAGGAUACAACGGGCCAAAAAGAACAUAGGCAAAGCCUUUCUUCCCAGUAAUGGAGAGAAAAAAACAUGUGGAGUGGGCAGCCAUUAUGGGACAUUUGGAGGCCACAUUCAAGCAAUGAGUGCCCUACAGAAUCCAAGGAAACCAAACAAAUCACCUGGAAAAAACUUCUACACCAAUCCACCCAAGAAAGGAAGUGGUUACAGGCAAGCAAAUUACAUUAUCCUUUAAUAUGCAAGUUUCUGUGGUUUUUCUGUCAGACGUAUUGAUUUGUCCUUGCACUCUAAUAGCUAUCCUGACGUCACCCUCUCCAAGAUGGUGUCCCAUUCCUCAGACCCCUAUGACAGAGCCAAGGAAAUGCUAAAGCGUGAGAUCAUGGCACACAAAUCCAUGCUAAAAGGGGGAGCGUUUCGUUUGAACCUUCAUCCAGUUGAAUGCUUUAACAGCAAUCCUUACAAAUUUGACAAACCUCUACAACCUCCAAAGAAGACAGAGGAGAAAAAGCACAUUACGGUGCCCUUCAAACCAAGUUCGCCAAGUAAAAAGACUGGAGGCAUGAAAGCAGGAACAUUUGACUCCUACCCCACCUACUCUGCAGAACCCUACGGUACCAAAAAGACCAAAUCAGCAAUGACAAAUAAGGAAGUAAAAAUAUUUCACCCCUCCCCUGGUCCAAAGAGCACACCUGUCAAGAGCAUCAUCAGUCUCAACGUCAAAAAGGCUGUGAAUUCCACAAACUAUAAUCGAAUCCCCUCUGUGAUGGCAUAUUGAGAACUUGUGAUGUCUUCAGGUGAAUAAAUGAAUGUUAUAUAUUGGUCUUUAGAUUAAAAAGCUGCAAUUUUGAAUUGAAUUUAUAUAAUUCUCUUAAUUGAUAAAGAUUAACUCUUUUAAGAGAUCUUAUACUUAAUACUACCCCAGGGGAAAAAAACACUUUUGUCUAAAACCACAAGUUAUUAAGCAUUAAAAAUACAUAUUGUGUGUUUCACCAGCAAGGUGUUGGCCAAUUCAGCAAACUCUUAAAGUUCACAAGUUUUUGCAGCAUUUAUGUCAUUCUUUUUUUUUUUCUUUUUGAAUAUGGUU